AGGGGCGGCGCCGGCCGCGGAGCGCGGUCGUCGGCGCUGAGGGGCGGUGUCGCCGGCCGCUUCCCGCCUUGGCAGCGCCGCUGGCGCCGGGAGCCGCCGCGCUGCGCUGCCCGCAACAGAUUCCUCAGAUGAGCAUAAUGGUCUUCCUGAGUCAGGUCCAAUUAGCCCAGUAUUCAGCCUCCCACAGUUACCAUGAUACGAUAUACAGAGAAGCAUGUAAAAGCAGGGGGCACUGCCUAUCAGAAACAGUGAUACGAAGAAACCUUCACGAAGGUGACACCAAGGAGACCUUGGCUAAGGGGGAAUCUUUGUCAUGAAUAUAUCAUGACCAUUAUUUUCCACUGAAGCUGUUGCAAAAGGUGAUGGCCAUCGCCACCAGGCUGGGAGCUGCCCGGGAGGGCGCCGCGGUGCCGCGGAGCAGCUAGCGCCGUCGGUGCGGCCGAGGUGCGGCGCCAUGGAGGGCAGCAGCACGGCGGCGGAGAGCGGGGCCGAGCAUGGCGCCCCGCCGGCGCCCCUCGCCGCCCCCUGUGGCCUCAGCUCCUCGCUGUGCUUCAACGCCGCUGAGCGCGGUGCGCAGCAGCAGCCCGGCAGGGCCGACGCUGAUGCCGGCCGCGUGGUGGAGAGCCAGUGGGAAGUCAAUAGCACGGCUGCCGAGGUGGAGGAGGCAGCGGGCGGUGGCGGUGGUGACGAGGCUGGGGACGAGGCCGCGCUGCCUGGCCUGCAGUGCCCGCCGGCCGAGGAGCCCGACCUGGUGAUCGAGGUGUCAGGGCGGCGCAUCCGCGCGCACAAGGCGGUGCUGGCGGCCAAGAGCGACUACUUCCGCGCACGCGCCUCGCGGGACAUCUUGCGCGUGAAGGGCGUAAGCUACGCGGCGCUGCGCCUGCUCAUUGAGUACGUGUACACAGCGCGCAUGGGCGAGGUGCGCCACGACAACCUGGCCGAGGUGGUGAGCGGCGCCCGCGUGCUGCAGAUGCCCUGCGCCCUGCACUGCGCCGCUGAGGCCAUGCGCGCCCAGCUCCGCCUCGACAACUGCUACCAGCUGCUCUGCCUGGCCAAGAAGCAGCGGCUGGCGGAGCUGCGCGAGGCCGCCUACCGCUUCAUGAGCGACCGCUACCUGGAGGUGCUGCGCGAGCCCGGUGUGUACGGCCGCCUCAGCGGCGCCGAGCGCGACCUCAUCCUGCGGCGUCGCCUGGAGGCUGGGCGGCGCUGCCUGCUGGUGGCCGAGGUGAGCGACGCCUUUGAGCGGCCAGGCGGUGGCAGCCGGCCGCAGAGCCGAGAGAGCAGCCGCCCGCAGAGCCCCUCCUCCGUGGCAUCGCUGGAGGACGGCGGCGCCCUCGUCCACUGCUACCAGGAGGCCAGCUGCGAGUGGCGGGUGCUGACGCGCCUGCCUGAGGAGGCCAACGCCAAGGGCUGUGCCAUGUGCGUCCUCCACAACUACCUCUUCCUGGCGGGGGGCAUCGCUGCGGGGCCGGCGGGCGGCGAGCCCCGCACCCGCCUCUCCGACAAGGUCUUCUGCUACAACCCCCUCACCGACACCUGGAGCCAGGUGCGCCCGCUGGCCCAGCCCCGCUCGCAGCUCAAGCUGCUGGCCCUGGAUGGCUACCUGUAUGCUGUGGGCGGUGAGUGCCUCUUCACCGUGGAGAGGUAUGACCCACGGGCUGACCGCUGGAGCCCUGUGGCACCCCUGCCCAAGGGCGCCUUUGCCGUGGCCCACGAGGCCACCACCUGCAAUGGGGAGAUCUACGUGUCGGGGGGGUCCCUCUUCUACCGUCUGCUCAAGUACGACCCGAAGCGUGACGAGUGGCAGGAGUGCCCCUACAACAGCAGCCGCCGCCGCUCCACCGACAUGGUGGCCUUCAAGAACUUCAUCUACCGCUUUGACGUGAGCAGUGGCCGCGGUGGGGAGCAAGGCCCCGGCAGCGGGACCGGCGGCGGCGUUGAGGUCUUCCGCUACAACACGGUGGCCAAGCGCUGGAGCCAGUGCGCCAGCCUGCGGCCCAGCAGCGGCCCCAUCCAGCCCUUCCGCUGUGCUGCCUUGGGCAACACCAUCUACUGCGUCAACCGGACCGGCACCCUCCGCUUCUGCCUGGCCCAGGAUGGCGAGGUGGAAGCGGACGGUGGGCUCAAGGGCACCUUCGAUGGGGAACUUCUCAAAGCCCCCUUAGACGCCAAGGGUGUCCUCCUCCCCUUUGUGCUCACCCUGCCCGAGAAGCCGGACAAAGCUGGGGACCAGGAGGGCCCCCUCCUGCUGUGAGGUGGCCAGCUUGCCUUGUGCCUCCCAAGCGGGGACUGGAUUGUGGCUGUGGGGGACCCACAAACUCCCUCCCGCAGAGGGGAUCCUCUCUGGGAUGUCAGCAGAGAGGAGGGUCUCCCCCUUUGCUCCUCUUCCCUCCCAAGAUACUGGUCUAGAGCCACUUGGUGGUUGUAAUUCUUCUCGCAUUUGCUGUGCUCUGUGUGAAAAGCCAAGCAAAUGAAAGGAAAAGCUGCUAUAAAGGAUCAUCUCUGGAUUAUGUUUGUGCCAAUUUCCAAUCUUAGAGAACUUUUUUACAGCUGGGUUUCUAAAAAUUCCUGACAACAAUGUCAUAACCGGGUGUUACUGAUAGUGUUGGCCACGUGUAUACACAUAGUUGUAAUCUGGGUGAGAGGCUUUUCUGCUAUUCGUUUUCUCUCCUGGAUGAUACUGAGUGAUAAACACUGAUGGCAAUGUAGCUUAACCGAAGUUGUUCUUAUGUUAAGCCAACUGUUUCCUGUGUUAGAAAAGUAUAGGAAGAUCAUCCGAAUCAUAGCCUUUCAUUUUUGGUGCAAUAGAUUCUUUAAGCAAGACGUGACACUGUGUGGUCCCAAGAAUUUCAGCCACAAUGAAUGAUUUAACAGAUACCAGACUUAAAGUUUUAAGCAACACAAAUGUGUGCCACAUGUUCAUAUUUGAAAUAAAAAAAAAAAAAAGGCAAGUUAUCUUUUAUAAUGUGGCAAGUUAUAGCAGAUAUGAAAUGUUCAUAUGUUCUUUAUCUGAAAAAGGCGAUGAUUUCUGUAUAAAAAGAAUGUUUUAUUAUUUUUUUUAUCAGAGGUUUUAAAUUAUAACAAAAAUGAACUGAAGCUGUUUCAGGCUGUAACAGAUUUACAUGACACCAUGUAUGCCACUAGAGCUGGGGAAAAGAUUUUGUACUUCAGCUGCUCUUUAAUUAACUGCAGGUCAAGGAAAUUAACCUAAACCAAAUGUAAAUUCUUUGAAAUGGACUGCAGACAGCAUAAAUGUUUCACUGUAUGUUCAGUAUCCUGUGGCAAGAGACUUUUCCAACUUAGUGCAAGACCAUCAGAGGAGGACAAGGAAAACAGGAAUGUGCUAUACAUAUUGAUUAUAUUGUAUACUAGCAUGAUGUUGUUUCCCUAUCUUUUGAUUGAGAGAUUGCUUUAUUUAUUUCGAGCUAAUGAUUGCUUUAAUUAAUAAGUACUCAUCAAUUACAGUACAGGCUGAUGACAUAUGCUGUCAUUUGGAUUUUGAGACUUUAGAGAGUAUUGUCUAUGGAGCAGCAUCCUAACAAGAUGAAAUGAUACAAAGGUUCUUCCUGCCUGUGGAAAGCUGGAGCAUACGUUUUGUCAAGUUACUCAGAACAGGAAAAGUCUAAGAUGUCCACACAGACAUACUAUAUUAAAAAAGGCACUUGCAUUUAUUUUAUACUUUUUAUAUGAAAAAAUCAAUAGACAAGGCAAAUGUUUUAGCUUUACAGUAAAUCACUGAGAAACUUUUUUCUUAAAACAGAAUCAUUGUUUUUACUGUUGGUAAUUCAGCCUGGAAUUGGCACAAACUGUGGAAGGGAAUUGUUUAUACUCAAAAUUCUAGUAUAGAUUCAUAGUCUAGAAAGACAUAGGGUCGUUACAUCAAAGAACAGCAGUUCUUUUUAUGUUGUAAGAUGUUUCAGUUGAAGAGAAUAUUAACAUUCUUGUAUCCUAUUGCUAGUUCCAAAGGAAGGCAGCAGGCUGUGUCCUCAGGGACAGCAUCUUAGCAUCUUCACAGAAAGAGUAGUGGAGUUCAUAAAUAUUUCUUUCCUUUCCUUUCCUUCUCUGAUUUUUUUUCCCCUCUUCUCCCUUCUGCCUUGUGCAGUGUUUUAAAACAGCUGAUCUGAUUAGCUAUUCUCUAGAAAACAGUGGUCCCGUCUUAAAAGUUCUUAGCCAAGUGAGCCUACUCCCUAGUGAGCUAACUAGAAGCAUCACCCAGAUGGAAGCUGUAGGACUGCAGAGUGUGGUGUUUAUCUUAGCCCGAGUACAGACUUGUGCAGUGCAGUUUAGUUCUGCAGAUGGCAUAUUUGUUGGGGAUACACAAAGAAAAAUUUCUUUUUUUCUGAAUGAUAAACUUAAUUCUCAGACAGGAAUUUUUGGAAAUGUUGACUAUUAAAUUACAAUACUGUAGCUUGAGCAGGAAAGAAAAAUGGUGCAUUUGCUUUCAGCAUCAUUUUUUGUGUAACUGUAGAAAGUAUUUCAAAUUCUGUAGUAAAACACUUAGGUACAUACUUAAACUCAAGACAUAAGUGCUAGACCAGAUUUCGGUUUAGUAAAGACACCAGAGAUGCACAGUGAAAUAUCUAUUUUAUCUUACAAGACAAUACAAUUUCUUAUUUCAAAAUAUUUUGUAGUAUAGUCUUUAUACUACAGUAUAAUGAGGAAUCAAGCCAAUUUUGCAUUUCCAUUCUUGCUAAAGCAUGAAAAUGCUGCCAGAUGAGUUUUGGGAAGUUGCUGUGAUUUAAGCUGCGAAAAUAUGCCACAGACUUUCAGGAAAGAAUGAAGUGUUUCCUUGCUUCCAAUAUUUGUUGCUGUUUAUUGUGAAUAAAUAUAUUUAGAAAUAAUCUUUACACCAAUAAACAUUCUGCAAACCUGCAGUGGUAUUUCUGCUAGCUUAUAUCAUUAGGAAGGGUUGUAUCAAAUGCCUAGCUACUUUCACUGUUUACACAGUCUAAGUGAGAGCAGAGUCUGGUCUUCAUUAGCAGCUGUCAAUCAAACCUAUUUCCUUUAUAUGCUUUUUGCAUAAUUGCAGCCUGAUGACUGACAACAGAAGUGUGUUUCUAGCUGCAUUUCCUAUUCUGUGGCCUCUCUUGCCUCCCUGGUAAGCCUGAGGCAGGUCUGCUAUGAGUUGUUCCCCCUUCCACCCCCCACCCCCACCCCCCCAUUAUAUAUUCAGUUCCAAGUGAAGUGCAGGUCCAAAAAAGUACUUGGGUACCAACACUGUAGAUUUUAAGUAGAUUUUAGGCAUUGAGGACCAAAAUGGUCAUCCCUGAAAUCUCCAGUUUAACUUAAACUGGGUAAGCACCAUCCCUUUGACCUGCAGAAGAGCUAAGUGGUUCCUCUCCAUGCAUUCAGGCAUGCUCCGGCUUGAGCAGUUAUGCGCCUACCUAGCUCCUGCCUGAACUCCUUUGAAAUCAGAUGAUGUGAUACCCGCAAGCCACUGAUGCAAUAUGUUUGUUUCACAUAAGCUAAAGGGCCAGGCCAUCCAAAAUGUACUUGUGUAUAUUUUUGCUUUUAAAACAGCUAUUUUAUACAAUAACCUGAAGGCUAGAGCAUUUGCACGCGAAGAUGGAGAUACAUGUUCUCUUUCUUGGCCUGCAAGGAUUCAAUCCACAUGUCCCACCAUCUAAUUGGACAGGAGGAUUUCUGGAUGCUAAUCCCUGAUCUCUGAAAUGUUUAUGCAUUUUGUAUUAUAAAAUCAUUAGCUAAAAAUCUCAGCAGUGAUCCAGGUAGCAGAAGUCAAGUCCCCAUCCUCACUGAGUGAUCCGAGGCUAGUGGGAGAGGCAUAUGCCUCUCUGCUGUCUUUCUUCUCCAUUAAUCUUGCCAUUCCCUUCUCCCAUCUUUAACAGGAGGUGCAUUUGUUCUGCUUCCUCCCUAGAAUACUUCUACUGUUAAGGUCCUCUGCUAAGAGACAUAGGUUUGAAUUUCCUUGAGCUGAGUAAGGACUGAACUCAGGCCUCCCACUUCAUGUAUAUGUAUUAUUAACUGUAGAUGACUAUUUGGAGGAAGAGCAUAGGGACCACCUCCUAUGGCCCAUUUUUAAGGAAAAGUUAAUGCAAAUUCUUCAAAAACACUCAUAGGCUCCUGCAGUCUCAGUUCUGGGUGGAUUCCAGGCUCCAGCUUCUGCAUGGGAAAAGGUGAAUUUCCAUCACAUAUUGGUGCAAUUGUGUAAGUUUUCUUCUCUAGAAAGCUUUCCAGACAGCGUAUUUUUUGGUGUGCCUGUUUGAGGUGAUUAACUGCAUGUACUGUGCUGGGUGACUAAGCAUGAAAAUUGGGUUCCUCUCCGGGGCUUGAGCCUUGGUGAAGAGGCAUUGCAGUGCUUAACAUGGAAAUGCCUAAAGUCUUCACUGCAUCUAAGCCUAAAUCCCUGCUUGAAUAAAGAAACAAGCCCUUUCAGCAAAUGCUAAUAGCAGAUGGACAUUUACUAUUUCCAUCUAUUAACUGGUUCCAUGAAAAGAAUCUCUACUGCAGCAAAGCCAUUUGUACAAAUUCUGUUUACACUUGGAAUUCAAGUCAAAGAAAUAAUUGGCUAAAGAAUAACCCUAUUCGAUCAAAAUAGGCACUGUUAAGCAGACAUGGGAAGGAUGCUAAUCAUACCCUAUUAAUGAAUAAAAUUGUGCAGUAGCUGGUGUAAAUUUUGUCCACACACACACACGAAAAAACAACUUGUAAAUAAGUACCUGGUAGAAUUUCAACUGAUAAAAGAAUAAAUUACUCACAUGAAAGCUGUAGCUCUCCUGUGCUGUUUGAUUGGCUCUCAGAGUGUUGUAUCCUGGUUACCGCUCAUGAGCGGCCUAUUGCUUUUCUGCUUUAUAGUAGCCCUUCCAUUGACUGCUUCAUAGAUGUGUUUAUUAUUGUUAUCACGGAGCUUAACAUUGGUACAGGGGUGAUCUGCUUUGUGCCUAGGCUGACACUGAGUGCUUUCUGCUUGAAAGAACCCAGAGGAUCUAGACAGAAUUAUAUCUUUCUUUCUUUGGGCUUUUUUCAAUGACAUUACUCCUGGGACACUUAAGAAAGCACAGGAAGGGGAAAUGUUAGUACUGUUGAGUAGUUAUAGUAACAGGCAUUUAAUGACUUUUUUUUUGUCUGCUGUUAUUCUGUGCACCAGAGUGUCAUUGAAUUGAACAGAAAGUCUCUGCAUAGCGGUUAUCAGUAUGAUUGCAAGUAAUAUUGUAGCAAAGUAUUUUUUUUGUUUAAGCAUAGCUACUGGGUAAACUCCUACUCUGAGAUGUAUAAUAGUUCCACAAAUUUCCUGGAUUACUGGAACUAUUCUGAAUUUACAUUACUGCUGCUAAAAGUAGAGAGAGACACAGAAGCUCCGUGAGUAAAAUUCUGCAUUCAAAAUAUGCAGUCACAGAAAUUUCUCUGGGUUUGAAUGCUAUAUUAACCGUUGCUGGAAUGAACCCACCAGUAUUAGGAACCGGUGUUAUGUUUCAGGGGCUCUCUAAGGUUCAUAAAUUACUUGGGGGGAAGAAAUGGGAGAGAGAGGGAGAGAGAGGAGGGAAGAUGAGACUUGGGAGACAGAAUAUCUACUCUAUAUUCAGCUAAAACAAACAAAAUAGAGGGGAAGGGAAGCCAAAGUUAGUACCUGAGACAGUGAUGAAUACAUGAUCAAACUUUUUCUAAUGUUUCUUAAAAAGUCCCAGCUUUUAAAAAUUAUUUCAUUAGUCUUACCACUUUGCAGCCAGAACACAUUUCAGACAACUACAGUGUUUAAUAAGCUACUUUCUGCAACAGUCUUCUGCUUUGCUUUUGAGUCUUAGUGGAUAAACCUUGGACAAAUUUGUGAAAUUAUGAAAUAACAAUGUUGAUGCUGCCACUUACCACAGAUUAACUAAUGCAAAUGCUUCAGACACUCUGCACAAUUCAGGUGAAUUACAUGUGUAACUGAUGUAUUAACAGUUCAUUUUAAAAUUAUAUAGAGGUAAGGUCACUGUAAAGCUUUUUAUGUACCCCAAAUUAUUCUGUAAUGAAAUAAAUGCAUACAAAAAGCAUAUGCUCCCCCACAGGGA